AUGGGGGAUGGCCAGAGCAAUCAAUUCCUGGAGGGGAUACUCGGACGUUCUCUUAGAGUGCACACCACCGAUAGCCGGAUGUUCAUUGGGAUCUUCAAGUGUACCGAUGCGGAACGCAAUAUCAUCCUCGCCAACUCGUUCGAAUACCGCUUCCCAACCCCGUCCGCGGUCGAGGCUGCCGCCGAGAAACAGCAAGCGCAAGAGACAGAAGCUGAAGCAGAAGCCAAGAGCGCCACAGUCAAGGUCAACAUGACAAGCCGACUUAUAGGGCUCAUAGUCAUUCCCGGCCGGCACAUUACGAAAAUCGAGCUGGAGUAG